AUGACCAAACGGCACGAAGGAGCGCGAGCGAGCCGAGGUGUUCGUGUCGCGUCAAGGCACGCGGGAUAAGCCAGGCUUUUCCGCCUCCCGUAUAUCGUACUCAUUACCCCGGGGGGAGGGGGGGUUUAGGGAAGGAAAGAGAGAGAGAGAGAGAGAGAGAGAGAAAGUGAGAGCAGAUCCGACGCGUCCCUGUACGAGCUCUCCACGCUGUCCAAUCCCAGUCAUAGGAUUAGUAGCAGGAUUAUUAUUAUCCAGUGCAUAAUCCGAGACUCUCCCGGAAUCCAGGGAAUGAUCAUGUGGACAAGAAGAAGAAGAAGCGCGUCCCGGGACGUGAUCAUGGGCUUAUUGUUUUUCCUGCUGCGCGCUCCCGGCGCGUUCUGCGCGCUCCCUUCCACCCCGAUGGCCAGCGUGCAUCCUCAGGACCCGGCCCUUCGGAUCGGCGCCAGCUUGACCGCCACGUGUUCUGUCGGAACAGAUCACGGCCUGCACGCCGGAUCGCUCUACUGGACUCUGAACGGCCGGCGGCUUCCUAGCAACACGUACAGUGUGGUCAGCCCCAGCGUCCUCAGCGUCACGUUGAGCAACCUGAGCGGCUCGCGUCAGCGCUCGGGGGACAACCUGGUGUGUCACAGCGGCGGGGGGCACGUGCUCGCCGGGUCCUGUCUCUACGUGGGCAUGCCGCCUGACAAACCCGUCAACCUUACGUGUUGGUCGAGAAACACGAAAGAUCUGACCUGCAAAUGGGCUCCCGGGGGUCAGGGGGAGACCUUUAUCAAGACCAAAUACACACUCAAAUACAAGCUGAAAUGGUACGGCCAGGAAAAGGAGUGCGACGACUACAGCGGCGGGCAGCCGUACACGUGUUACAUCCCACGCGACCUCGCCCUCUUCACGCCUUACGAGAUUUGGGUGGAGGCCUCCAACCAGCUCGGGAGCGCCACGUCAGACGUCAUCAACCUAGAUAUCCUGGACGUGGUGACGACGGAUCCUCCCGCUGAUGUUCACGUGAGCCGCGUGGGUGAUCUGGAUGAUCAGCUGCUCGUUCGCUGGGGAACUCCACCCGCCCUCAAAGACUAUCUCUUCCAAGCCAAGUACCAGAUACGCUACAGGCUUGAAGACAGCUCCGAGUGGAAGGUGGUGGAUGACAUGGGGAACCAGACGUCCUGCAGGUUGGCAGGACUCAGGCCGGGAACUGUUUAUUUCGUCCAGGUCCGGUGUAACCCAGUGGGCAUCCUGGGAUCAAGAAAGGCGGGCAUCUGGAGUGACUGGAGUCAUCCGACGGCAGCGUCCACGCCACACAGUGAGCGCUCCAUGGUAGGUUCCUGUGACUCCAAAGCAGCUCGGCAGAACUCGACACUGCGUCAGGACCUGAAGCAGUUCUUCAGCUGGGUGCGAAAGCGUGUUUCCGACUGCAGCGCCAUGAGCAUCAAACAAUACGACCAGUGGCGCGUCUGGCUGCAAAAGUCUCACAAAACCCGAAACCAGGUUCUUCAAGGAGAUAAAUCGUAGCGAUGUCAUCCCCCCCGGAACAUUGUUGGAACAUUGGACAAGAUAGGGGAUGAGGGUGUUUGGGGGGACAGCUAGCUUUCUUUUUCCUGCCAUGCUAGCUGUUAGUCCUGCUGCAGAAAGAAAGACUUCAGAAGGAACAUCCUGAGAUUUCAAAUUCACUGGACACUUCACAAAAAGUGCCUUUUAUUGGUUUUAUACAGGAAACCAUUUUUUUUUUUUUAUGUUUGCUUGAUACCCAUGACACAUAUGGAGAAUAUCCAGGGCUGGCAUUUGCACAUUUUGUUUUGAGGAUGACAUUACACGACUGUGCAUUUCGUUUCUGUGAUAUUAUGGCAUCACAGAAGGCUGCAAUAUGUAAUUGACCCCCUCUAACCAAGUGCCUUCAUGUUUUAUAUUGUGCUUUUGAGUUCUAAAUGCCUCGGAUUUGAGAUCUGAUCAGGGCGUUCACACAAACCAAACAAUCAGAGUACCCCAAAUUUUAGCAACAAUUAUAUCAACAAGCAGAAAUUCUCUGAAUAACUCCUUAUUCUGUUUGUUUUUGCUAGAAUCUUGAGUGUUCACUCUUACCAAAGAUACCUGUCUACUUGGUGUGAGUGAUGUAGCAGUCAUAUUGCAUUGUGAUAUUUAAAGAUACAUUUUUACACUACACUCUAAACUGUACUAUUUUGCACCGUCACUUGCACCAUUUCUUUUUUUUUUUUUUUACAUAGGAAGGUGCUUAUAGUGUAGCUUUAAAGCUUUAACAUUUUCUACAAGAUAAUUAUGGUUCAAUUAUUUAAACUUAAAUCUAUUUUAAAGGAAGACAUUAUAUACAUUUUCAGCUGAAAGAUAAAUAUAUACAUUUGCAAUUAUAUAAAACAGUAAAAGGGCAAAAAUGAAAACAAAAUUUGUACCAAAAUUUUAUACUAACAUCCAGUCAGCUAUUUGUUACUAUGUAACUACUGAUGAUAUUUCAGAAAAUUUAUGUAUCUCGUGUCAGCCAGUUUUGCGAUCAACUGUUUUUACUGUAUUUUUAAAGGAAUACCUCACAGUUUGCCGUAUACAGAUGACAUCCAAUGUUUAAUGAGUUUAAAAAAAAAGAAGAAGAAAUAAAUUUUUUACUGAUGGUCUUUUAUUAUUUUUUUUAUAUCACAAGCUCAGUAUUUAGCAAUAAAAAUCAAGUAUAGUAUUUCAUUCAUAUGGUGCAACCAAACUUGCAACAAACUUGAAAAAAAUCCCCAGUGUGUUUCAUUUAUUGCAACAACUAUAUAUAUAUUUUUUAUUUAGAAUUCAUUUAUUGAAUUUUAUGUUUUGUGUUGAUGUUUCCCCUUCAUUUAAAACAGACCUUAAGAGAAGUGAAAUUUAUUUUGUCAUAUUUAGACCGUUAAAUCAUGUCUAAAUCUGUCACAGUGGGACUUUAGAUAUAAACAUUGCAACAUCCCAAAGUUUACAUUCACAAGACACAGAGGCCAGGACUGACUGGGUCACCAUUCUGUUUAUUCAGCGGUGGAUUCAUCCUUUCACUCUUUUUGCCUUUAUGGCUGGAUUAAAAAAUUAAAAAAUAAAUAAAAUCCACAAUUCCCCAGAAAACUGCAACUGAACUCUGCGGCAUCGGGACUCUUAAGUAAAUAAUUGUAUGUAUGUUUGUACAAUUGUACUGCUUUUUAUUUUUGUACUGAAUUGUAUCAGCAUAUUUAAAAAAUGUGUAAAGUUUUUGGCUUUUAAGUUAUAAGUAGGUAGUUUGUAAUAUGAUUGACUGAAUUAUUAAACUGUAAUAUUGAA